ACUUCUUCUCACAACAUCUCUAAGAAUUCCCAGACAGACCCAAAACGACUCUCACCACAACUUCCCUAGCUAGCUAGCCAAAGAAAUCUCGAUCGAAUGGCAAAGGACAUGGAAUCAUUCCAAUCCCAGGAAGAGAAGCGACAGAAGAGGAUGAAAUUGGCUGCGUACAUCGGCGCUUUCGCCGUGUUCCAAGUUAUUGUCAUUCUGGUUUUCGCACUGGUUGUGAUGAAAGUCAAGACCCCGAAGUUCAGGAUUGGUAACGGCAUCGAGAUCCAGUCCCUGACAGCUGGGACCCAGUCCUCACCCUCGUUCGACAUGAGCUUCUUCGCACCAAUCAGGAUCAAGAACACCAACUUCGGGCCCUACAAGUACGAUGCUGCCACCGUCAACUUCACCUACGGCGGCAUGCAGGUGGGGCAGGUGGCAAUCCCGAAGAGCAAGGCCAACUUCAAGUCCACCAAGAAGGUCGAUGUGAUCGUGUCCGUGAACUCUGAUGCCUUGACGAGCACUUCGGGGCUAAGGAGCGAGCUGAACUCUGGGGUGCUUACACUGAACAGCCAGGGGAGGAUGAACGGUAAGGUGGAGCUGAUGCUCAUCUUCAAGAAGAAGAAGUCCACCAAUAUGAACUGCACCAUGGCAAUUAACGUGUCAACGAAGGCGGUUCAAUCAUUGUCCUGUAAAUGAGAUUUACUGGAUAUCACAGAGGAUGUAAACAUUAUUUAUUCGUCUCAUUCUCAGAUCAUUCUUGAGAUAUUCAUUGUGGGUAGCUUGGAUUUAUAUAAUUUUUUUAAAAAUGGAUUUACAUCAUUCUUGGAUUUGUAUAAUUAAUUGUUACAUUUACGUGGAUGAAGAUAUAUAAAUGA